AGCUUGAGAGUGCAGGAUUGACGAAAUCGUCCGUAUUUCAGCUAGAAAUAUCAAGGAGUACAUGAUGCUUCCCAAGUUCGUUUUCCUGAUGCUUGCAAUGGUUGUGGUCACCUGUCAAGCCAGUUUGAUAGACAGACCAGGAGAAUAUGGAACAUUGAAACAAGACUUUCCCCAAGUCCACGACAAAGUCCAGUAUGAUGACACAUGGUAUGACUGCUACGAGUUGACCCACAACCUCCCUCCUGGACCCCACUGUAGCUGUGCCUUCCUGGCAUGUACUGGUAUCGCCAACUGCUGGGGACUUCAGUCUGCUCACUGCUUCGUAUUCAACCCUUUCUACGACUACAAGAGCAUGUCCGAGGAGGACUGUAUUUGCCAUUAUCAUUGAGGCUCCGCUAU